AUGGCAUCGAAAAUGAAAGACUUGGCUACGAACUUUGUCAAACUUGACAGGUUCGAUGGAGGCAAUUUUAGGCGCUGGCAGAAGAAGGUUCACUUCCUGUUGACAACCCUCAAUGUGGCGUAUGUUCUGACUCAGGAAGUACCACAAGAGGUUGAGAAUGAAACUGUGGCUCAGAGUCGUGCAAGGCUGAAGCAUGAAAACGACAAUUUCAUCUGUCACGGCCACAUACUCAAUGCCAUGGAGGAUACUCUAUUCGAUACUUAUCUUCAUGUUACUAGUGCAAAGGAAUUAUGGGAGAUGUUAGAGUCCAGAUACAUGAAAAAAGAUGUUACGAGUAAUAAAUUUAUUGUUUCCCAAUUCAAUUCCUACAUGAUGAAAGACAAUAGGUCAGUUAUGGAACAAUUCCAUGAAAUUGAACGACUUCUUGGUCACUUUAAACAGCAUAAUAUGAAUAUGGAUGAAUCUAUUGUUGUUUCAAGUAUUGUUGAUAAAUUACCCCACUCUUGGAAGGAUUUUAAGCAUAGUUUAAAACAUAAGAAAGAAGAUAUUUCUCUUGAAGAACUUGCUAACAAUUUUCGUGUUGAAGAGGAAUUUCGUAAACAGGAAGACACUAAGAAACAACAUGUUUCUAGUGUUAAUGUUGUAGAAACUAGAGAAUCCAGUAAGGCACAAAGCAAGAAGAUAAAGGGCAAACCGAACAAGCAAAAUUAG